GUUUGGGAUGCUCAAAUCCUUCAUGGUCAAUGAAGGAGUGGGAGCCAUAGAAAUCGAAGAACGUUUUGAAACGUUCGUGAAGAAUUUGAGAUCGGAUCGUUACGUCACAGUAACGCUGUUCCAACUGGAAAAAAUCUAUGGCUCAACGCCAGAGGCCAAGGAGUUCAUCAGCCAACUAGUGAAGGGGCAAGCUGGCACCCCACACCCACAGGUGCCGGCUACCAAGAUGUACAAAGUGCUCAAGGAGAUCCUGGAGGAAAACCAGUCUGGUUCUGCUGGGUCGAGCAAUGUUGCUUGUCUGCAUGUCGGUCUGUGGUCAGCUUGGUGGUCCUGUGAGCCUAGCCUAGCUCUAUAA